AUGGGAUGUACAAUAAGCUUUAUUUGUUGCGAAGACCAGUUUCUACGUUUCGGCUACUAUGAAGAGGAGAAGAAAGAAGAUUUUAGGCUGUUAACGAAGCCAGAGGAGUUUGAGGGUGUUCACUCCCACACCUUUAAAGUGAAGAACUUUAAGAAAGCCAAGAGCUGUGGAGUCUGUAGGCAGGCCGUGACCAAGGAAGGGCUGGUCUGCAGAGUGUGCCGCUUCUCAUGCCACAAGAAAUGCGAGGUGAAGGUUGCCACAGCGUGUGCUCCUGUCACUAACUAUGAGCUGCCUCCAAUCAGUGACCUUCCCCUGAAGCAUGUAGAAACACCGGGCUCCACAAAGUCCUUCAGAAGCACAGACUCCAGACGCAGACCCUCCCGGAGUCUGAGUCUUAUCCAGGCCAUGGAGGACAGCUAUGAGGUGGAUCUGGUCUACAUCACUGAGAGAAUCAUCUCUUUGUCCUUCCCUACUGGGGCUGAGGAGCAUAGUUACUCUGUUCACCUCAGGGAGGUCACCACCAUGCUACGGUCCAAACACGCCGAUCAUUAUCUGCUGCUGAAUCUCAGUGAACGAAGACAUGACAUAGCCAAGCUCAACCCAAAGGUCCUGGACUUUGGUUGGCCUGACCAUCAUGCUCCAGCCCUGGAUAAGAUCUGCAGUCUGUGUAAAGCCAUGGACACUUGGCUUAACGCCAACCCUCAGAAUGUGGUGGUUCUACACAAUAAGGGCAAUCGUGGGAGGACUGGGGUGGUUGUUGCGGCCUAUAUGCACUACAGUAACAUAUCUGCGAGUGCUGAUCAGGCCCUGGACAGGUUUGCCAUGAAGCGUUUUUAUGAGGACAAAGCUUUGCCGGUGGGCCAGCCGUCUCAGAGGAGGUAUGUGCAGUAUUUCAGUGGUCUCCUCUCUGGUCACAUUAAAAUCAAUAAUAAACCCCUGUUUCUGCACCACGUCAUCAUGCACGGCAUUCCCAACUUUGAGUCCAAAGGAGGAUGUCGACCAUUCCUCAAAAUCUACCAGGCCAUGCAACCGGUGUAUACAUCAGGCAUAUAUAAUGUUCAAGGCGACAGUCACACAAGCAUCUGUAUUACGAUAGAGCCUGGACUUCUGCUGAAAGGAGAUAUUCUGCUGAAAUGUUAUCACAAACGUUUUCGGAACCCCAGUAGAGACAUCAUCUUCAGAGUGCAGUUCCACACCUGUGCUGUCCACGACCUGGGCCUGGUGUUCACCAAGAACGAACUCGAUGAGACUUUUAAAGACGAGCGAUUUCCUGAAUACGGAAAGGUGGAGUUUAUCUUCUCCUUUGGGCCAGAGAAAAUCAAAGGGCUGGAUCAUCUGGAGAAUGGCCCCAGUGUGUCCGUGGACUACAAUACCCAGGAUCCCCUCAUCCGCUGGGACUCGUAUGAAAACUUUAACAGGCGUUGUGAGGACACUGUGGAUGAGGUUGCUCACACACAAGGCCCACUUGACGGCAGCCUUUACGCCCGGGUUCGCAAGAAAGAUUCUGUGGAGGGCGUUGUCUCUCCGAACUUGCCAGGACAUCAAGCCUCUAACCACGCACCACCGGCAGUGGAACAGGUCCAUUCAGCAGCCAGCCACGCCCUACCCCUUCCUGUAGCCAAUCACGCUCUGCCAGCAGCCGACCACGCCCUAUCGGUAAGUAGUGACUCGGGAAACUCCACUGCCUCCGUCAAGACCGACCGGACAGAUGAUGCCCUGACUGCAGCGUCUAGCUCUGUGUUACAGUCAGGUCCUGGGGCUCCACUGAGCCCGCGAGAGAAGCGGGAGCUAGAGCAGCUACUAAGUGGCCUAGAGGGGGCGCAAUUGGUCCAACAGCAGGCUUACCUUCCCUCCUCCAACACCAGUCCCGGAGUACCCGCAGCACCGGCCGCUUCGCCUGUGGCUGGUGUGCGCCACCUGGUGCCCGCCCAAGUCCAUGUCAACGGCCAAGCGGGCGUUGAAAGGGAAACAGACAUCCUUGACGACGAGCUGCCUGACAGCCAGGUUGUCCCAGGCGGCGGCAACAACGAUAACAGCGCUGACAGCCUCGGGACCCUUUCCUCAUCCUUUGAUAGCCGAGACACUCCUGCUGAAGGUCACGCUCCCGUUGACUCCGCCUCCUCACCUGUAGUUGUAGACAUUGACGGACGGCAGGCACCACCACACGUGGAGAGAGGAAGUGUUACGGUUGCCAAGACAAUGCCGGUGCACCAGGUGCGAGGCUCCUCCUCGGCACAGGAGCGCCUGAUCGACUACGGAGGGCAGAAUGGAGGGAUGUAUCGAUCACAGUCGUACGGGGCCCCUGCGGCCCUGGAUGGAGUUGGCACCCGAUACCUGCCUCAGGCCCCUGAGAGAAGUACCAGCAGCCGGGAGGCGGUACAGCGUGGCCUCAGUGCAUGGCACCAAUAUGGAUUGGUGGAUGACCCUUUCUUCGGGCCAAGUGUUCCCCGUUUUCCCACUCAUGGUGCUUCCCAACGGGACGUGGAGCAGUCCAUUGAAGCCCUCAACAUGCUCAUGCUAGACCUGGAGCCCUCACACACACCUGUGCCCAAAUCUCAGAGUGCACCACCAGGGGAAAGUCUUGCAUCAUCCGCCUUUGGCCACACCCAGGUUCGGCCAUCCUACCACGCUGACCAGGCUCUCCAUGGUUACUCCGGUAGCCCUCAGCCCCCGUCUGCCUCGGCAAGUUUUGGACAGUCCUCCCAGAGGUCCUCCCCUGCCUACCCGAUGACACCUCCUGGAGUGUACCAACCCCAUGCCCCCUCACCAAUCUAUCCUGCGGAGUCACCAUUUGCCACCACUCCGUCACCGACCUUCCCCCAGUCGCUGCCUUUGAAGUCAGUGGGCAGUGCUUUUCCCAGAGGAGGGGUGGUGUCCAACUCCCCCGACCUACAGCGCACCUCACCGUACCCAGGCACCCAGAGGAGCUACAGCACCUCCUCUUCUCCCCUCCCACCGGUCUCCCUGGCCAAGGAGUCUGAGCCAGGACCAGAAGAGGAAAUCCUCAACCUGGAGGGACUGGUGGCCCACCGUGUGGCAGAGUACAACGCUCGUAUCCGGGGCAUCUCUGAAAGCAUGUCCACUCCGCUGCCUGACCACCACCGCUCCUACUCCUUCUCUGGGUCCCGGUCGCACACGGUAACACCGGAUGAAAACACAGCGCCGGCACGUCGCCGCACCACAAGCGAGGGUCAAUACAACCCCAGCAGGCGUGAGAUUACCCCUGACCACGGGAACGUGGUGCGUUCUCCAACGCACUGCAUUUCACCCGACCUCGUCAGCACAAUUGCACUAAACCCCGGUGGACGACCCAAAGAGGGACCCAUGCACAGUUACAGGGAGGCCUUUGAGGAGAUGGAGGCUGUCCCAGUGAGCCCGACGCCCAGCAGUGGUGGUGAGGUGUACCCCCAGACCCCUGCCUUCCCCCUCUCGCCUGUCUCCUCACCACAGACCCCCUACUUUAACCUGUGUCGCUCGCCCCCUGGUGUGACUAAGACGCCACUGCCAGCCCAAGGUCCAGAGCCACAACACAUGUCCGAUAUGCUGUUACAUCAGAGUAGCUCAGACUCUGACUCUAGUGAUGAUAUGGAAGACCCACAUGGUUAUUUGGGCUCAGUGGGUCGAGGAGGAGGAAUAGGGUCACCUGUCCAGGGUCAGGACAGACACAUGACCCCUUCCCAGAAUACAAACCAACCUAUGAUGCUCAACAGCACCAUCUAUGGUCAAGACAGUAAUGUAAGGGUGGCCAAUCCCACCCAUCCUGUAGGGGGCUUCGGUUUCCCUUCCUUCCCCUCUGAACCGGUCCGUGCUCCUUUAUACCCCGAGCCCCUGGGCUUUCCGGACCCCCUGGGCUUCCUGGACCCCGAGGAGGCCACGGUCAACGUCAUGGGCGUCCACCGCGUCCCUGGGAGCCCCAACACCCUUCACCGAACCGUGGCUACCAACACGCCCCCUAGCCCCGCCUUGCAGCGCCGACUGGCCAGUCAGAGCAGCCCAGCAAUGGCACGACGCAUUAACCCAGCCAAUGGGAGCAGCGAACCCACCACGCCCAACAGUCCCUUGACGGGUCGGCACGCCAAGUUCGUACCGCCCAGCCCGGUUCUGAACCGCCGUCCGUCGCCCGUCCCCCCUGCCAUUCCCCUCAGAAACCCCAGCCCGGACCGCCGGACCACGCCCAGCGGGCAUGCGACGCCUGAGGACAGGCAGCGGGACCCUUCCCCUCACAGCAGCUCCUCUGGUGGCCCACACACUGCCACACCCUCCUUCCCAGUGGACAGCACCCACGCUCCCAUACAGACCAGUCUGCCGGAUAAGAGACAGGAGUCCAGCAUGGAGAGGCUCGACAGUAAAGCCACGGAUGGGACAGUGAACGGAAAGACUCCGACACCAGUGCCCAGCGGAGUCAGCACCCCUGUCCCAGAACCCAGACCGCAGCCAGAGCCCGCCAUCGUCUCUAUUUAUGCUGAUGGUCCUCCUGAUAUCAGACUCAAUGUCAAGUUUGUCCAAGACACAUCCAAGUUCUGGUACAAGCCAGAUAUCUCCAGGGAGCAAGCCAUCAGUUUGCUGAAGGAUCGUGAACCAGGAGCGUUUGUCAUCCGUGACAGUCAUUCAUUCAGAGGAGCCUACGGCCUGGCCAUGAAAGUGGCCUCUCCCCCUCCCACCGUCCAGCAGAACAAGAAAGCUGGCGACAUGACCAACGAGCUGGUGCGACACUUCCUGAUUGAGACCAGUUCCAAAGGGGUCAGACUCAAAGGAUGUCCUACGGAGCCCUACUUCGGCUGUCUGUCUGCAUUGGUGUAUCAACACUCCAUCACGCCGCUGGCGCUGCCAUGCAAGCUUAUGAUCCCAACUCGAGAUCCGAAUGAGGAGGCCUUAGAGUUGGCCACACCCACAAGUUCUGCAAUGGAUCUCCUGAAACAGGGAGCAGGCCCGAAGGUUCCUGAUGAGUCCACUGCGUGUAAUGUCCUCUACAUUAACUCUGUGGAGAUGGAGUCUCUGACCGGACCACAGGCCAUUGCCAAAGCUAUCGCCGAAACCCUGGCCGCCAGUCCUGUUCCCACGGCGACCGUCGUCCACUUUAAGGUUUCAACGCAGGGCAUCACCCUCACAGACAAUCAGAGAAAGAUUUUCUUCCGUCGCCAUUAUCCAAUCAACACAAUCACGUACUGUAACACUGACCCUCAAGACAGGAAGUGGAAUAAGUCAGAUGGUGGAAUGGCCAAGUUUUUUGGAUUUGUGGCCCGGAAACAAGGAAGCACAACGGACAACGUGAGCCACGUGUUUGGGGAGCUGGAUCCGGAGCAGCCCGCCUCAGCCAUCGUCAGCUUCGUCUCCAAAGUGAUGGUGAAUGCCAAGAAACAGUGAAUUCUGCCCCGCCUCCCAUCCCCACCUCCUCUCUUAUUCCACUUACUGUCCUCUUCGCUUAAGAGGAUGUCGUUUUUCUUCCAUUGAUGCGUCCGUUUGUUUGUUUUUUUUUCCUCCGUGGAUACAGAAUGUUGUGCUUGUGUCCAUCUCUUCUUCUCGGGCUACGGGCUGGUUCAGCUUCAACUUGUUUCGCUGUUAUUGUUGUUUUUGUUUUUGUUUUGUUUUUUCUCGGAGAAAGACAUGGAGAACAUGCACAAACUCAGAUUAAGAAGGGAUGGGGUGCCAGAGGUCAUGAUGACAGCUCUGGAUAGAACUGACAGGUCUAAGGUCUGUCCCCUUGGUUUAGCCCAUCAAACUUAAUCAAAAAAAAACAAAAAAUGAAAUGAGGUGAAAGGAGAACAAUGAAGCGACGCACAUGACGGAAAUCUUGAACCGAACAACCAAAGCUACUGCUCAGAACAAGAACGCCGUUAUCGGAAAAAAAAAAUCUACUUCAUUUCAUACAGAACUGAUCAACCCGACAAGACAAAUGUUAAAAAAAAAAAAGUACAAUAUUCUUCUGGAUUAAAAACCUUUUUGUGUGUCCUGCAGUCAUCUUAUUAAAAAAAAAAAAAAAAGAUUGAGAGACAUUUUGCAUGUUUGCCUGUUAGGAAAACCUUUAGCCACUAGCAUUGUUCAUUCUGUAUGAACUCAGAGUGGAAAAAAUAAGACCUGCAGUCAGCCCGUGACUGCAGUACGUGUUUUGCAGUAAAUGGUUCUUACAAAAAAAUACAAAAGAAAACAACAACAACAAUAACUGCACCUAACAGAUCUGAAAUGCAUCUCUGCUAAAAAUUCACUGUGCUUCAAUGCUGGCAAUAACGGGACUGAGAAAGUGAACAGCUGACGACCCGGUCAGUGAAAGGAGAAUGUGGACGUGUGUUUGGCUCCUGCCUGCAGACACAGGCCGACCUGUGGGACCACACACAGAACGCCUGCGUCUGCGGGGCCUCCGACUGCGACGGACGGCUGGAACUGAGUCGUGAUUGGAUGAAGGCGUUGAGAAACGUGACAGCUUUAUACGUUUUUGUCUUACGUCGAUAGAUUCCUCCUUUCACCCUGCUUGGCCAUAACCACGAGCAAAACAAAGAGCCUCUGGCCACCAGUCUCCAGGUCAAAGGUGGAUUUGAGUUAUUAGAGUGAUCGACCUUUUCCCAGGUCUUUCAAAGUGGCUCCCUGCCCUCGUCCCAUGUCCUGUAGAAUUUACACUCUAAGCAGACAGAGUGAGAUACGACCAUAGGAAGGCGACACAUCUCAAAUGCGAGACAAAA